GCACAGUGGUAUUCUACCGACAGUCUCUGGCGGUCGAAUGAGUCUGUUACCUUGUCACCGACUACAGUAACGCGCGGCAGACGCGAUUCGGUUGUGGUGGACGUCGUGCGCGCCGCGUUCUCGAAGUACUCGUCGAGAAGACAAAACCAUUUUGUUUUUAAAAUAAUUAUUAUAUUUAAACACACGAGUAAAAUACGUACGUUGUCACAAGUCACCGCCAUGACGAAAAAACUCGAGAAAUUCGUUGUUUUAUUCGACAACACAAACUUGUUAUAUUUUCCCGGACAGUUUUUGAGCGGAAGAGUGUUGGUGGAGCUCAAGGACGACACUCAAGCUCUAGGUUUACACUUUCUUGUGGUUGGAGAAGGAGUUGUGCGACUGAAGAGUAGACGCCGUGAGAGAGUUUAUGACAAGGAAAACUAUAUUGAUUUUCGGAUGCGAUUACUUGGUGAACCAGGACAACCUCCUGUCAUGUUGUCUCCUGGAAUCCACAGUUUUCCGUUCAAAUUGGGAUUACCACCCGGUCUUCCAUCUACGUUUCUCGGCAAGUCUGGUUGGGUCCAAUACUACUGUAAAGCCGCAUUGAGGGAGCCAAACUCUUUGAUCCAUAAAAACCAGCAAGUAUUCAUUGUAAUGAAUCCUAUCGAUCUCAACAUGGAACCAUCAAUUCUUUCUGUAGAACCAUUCCGCUGCGAUAUAGAUCAUAAACUAUCUAAAGCUAUGUGCUUUGGAUCAGGGCAGGUGGAAUGUCAAGUUUGUCUUGACAAAGGAGCAUAUGUGCCAGGUGAAACAAUUGAAAUUACCGCAAUUGUUACAAAUAAUAGUAAAGUUACCAUUAAAUCGACCAGGGCAACGUUAACAGAAACAAUACAAUAUUUUGCCAAAAAUAAAGUUGUGCAGUCGGAAACUAGAGAAUUAGCGUCUCUUAGAAGAGGAAAAAUUAAACCAGACGAAACUGAUGAAUGGCGUAAUGAACAACUUUAUGUACCACCAUUACCUCCAACUAACCUUCGUGGGUGCCAUAUAAUAAACAUUCAAUACGACAUUUAUUUCAUUAUAACACCUAACACAAUGGAAAAAGAGGUUAAGCUCCAACUUCCAAUUAUGAUGGGAACUUACCCAUUUAGAACGGAAGACGGUUCAUUUGAUGCAAAAAUUGGUACUCAUUAUCCAUCUACAUUACCUAUAUUAAGACCUUGGUUGGAAGACAAAAUCUUUAAAUAAUAACUUUUAAAUUUAGUUGUAGCAAGUCAUGCAACUACUAACCUUUUCUUAAAACAAAUAUUCAUCCAACAUGAAUUUAACUUUUUACUAUUUAGAUAAAGCCUUUUCAAGACUUUAUAUUGAGAUAUACAUUUUUUUUUUGUAUGUAAAUUAAAUUUUAUAAAAAUUUAAUUUUGUUAUUAUAUUACCUUAUUUUUUAUUUGUUUACUAGUGAAU